CAGGAAGUGCAGACGAGAAAUGGCUUCUGCAGAUUUACCAACCAGACAUCACCGGAAUGACACGAUUAAGAGAAAACAGACUCCAUCUGCACUUGAUAUUUUGAUGCAGAUGGGGUUCCCAAAGCAACGAGCAGAGAAGGCUAUAGCUGCUACUGGUGAUAAUGGUGUACAGCUAGCAUCAGACUGGCUACUGUCCCAUGUGCACGAUCCUACCUUAGACAGCAACAUUCCUAGAGAGUAUAUCCUGUACUUAUGUCCUGUCGGACCCCUACAAAAACAGCUGACAGAAUUCUGGGAAAAGAGCCAGAACACAUGUGGAUUUAAUGGAGCCCAUUCUUAUUUUCCACAUGUUACGUUAUGUCCUUUCUUCAAAUGUGAUGACAAUAAAGUGCAUGUCUUGAGUGAAGCCUUGGCCAAAAUGGAAGAGAAAUUAAGUCAGUGUCCAGGAAAAUUACAGCUAGACUUCUUCAGCCAAGUGAAUUUUAUUGGAUUGUUUAUCAGAGAUCAGCAUUAUGACUUCCUUAUGAAAAUUGCAGAUGAUUUUUCUGCAGAAAUUAGAAAAUCAGGUGUUAAUCUAGAGCCUCACAGAAAACAGCUACACAUGACAUUAGCAUACCAGUAUCCCACAGAACAGCAUGAAGCCUUGCUCAAACUAGCCAAAGAAAUAGAUUUGUCAGCUGACGUUAGAUGGGACUACAGGUUAUAUUCUAGGGAUGCCAGAUCUGGGCAGACAGAGGUCAGGAAAGUGAUUAAAUGUUACACACAUCAACUUGGUGAUGAAUUGGAGCUGAUUGAAGGAGAUUUUAUUUCCGUGGAUCCAGCCGAAGUUGAGAAAAGUAAAGAUCGUUGGUAUCAUGGUACUUCCUGGUUAACAGGGAAUACUGGGAUGUUUCCUGGAACCUACACUAAAAAAACACAGGAGACAUUUGCAUGGACCAAACAAAGAUCCUACCCACUUGUAGAAGGACCAGCUCACUCCAUUACAAAUGGUUUCCAUACUGAAGUUGCUCAUGAUGAAAAUCAAUAUGCACUGGUUGUUAAAAACAGACCACACGAUUCCCCUAAGUUCACGAGAUCUCAUCCUCCAAAAAAAACAAGAGCUGAUUCACCUCCACCGAAACUGCCACCGACAAAAAUAAAUCGAGCUGAUUCAAAUCCAACAAAAACAACUCGAGCCGAAUCACCACCACCAAAACUGCCACCAAAGAAAUCUGGUCCAUGUAAGCUGUUUAUCAUGAGGCAUGGUGAACGUCCUGACUUUUCACUGGGGAGAAGCUGGUUCGAAGAAGCAUUUGAUGAUGAUGGUGUGUAUACAAGAAAAAAUAUAAAUUUGCCAGAGAAGAUGUAUAAAAGGAAGACAUAUUUAGAGUAUAACUACGAUCCGCCAUUGACAGAGGUUGGAAAGUUUCAGGCUAAAAUUGCUGGUGAAUAUUUACUGAAAACAAACUGCAGUAUAUCUCACAUUUACACGUCACCUUCUUUACGCUGUGUCCAGACUGCAGUAGAAGUUUAUAAAGUGUUAGGGCUAACAAAUAAAAUCAAAAUAGAACCAGGUCUAUUCGAAUGGACUUAUCAUGUAGGAGUGCCAAAAUUCAUGGACCCCCAGGAGCUGACUGAUGUGGGUCUACCAAUAUUUACAAACCAUUGUCCACAGUUUGUUAGAGAGGACUUGGACCCUGAUGAAACUGUUGAGGAACUCUACCACCGGUGUAACAGAGCUACAAGAGAGAUACUCAAAUCACAUGAAAAAAGUGGAGAUAGUGUACUGUUAGUAGGACAUUCAGGGACAUUGGAUCUCUGUUCGAGAUCAUUGUUAGGUAAACAAUCAAAAACUGAACAGCAAUACCAAGACUUUAUUACAAAAAUUCCAUUUUGUUGUGCAAUCAGUAUUCAACAAAGCCUGGACAAAAAGAAAUGGACAUUCUGUAGUGAUCAUCAUCUUCCAUUAAGUAUGGGGAAGUGUACAGGUCUGAAGAUAGAUACGUUAAAACGGGUCAUGGAGUAGAAAACAAGUUGUGAUAUCUACAGCAUUCCAUUAAAGAUUUCCGAUGAUUUUUUUGUUUUACAAAUAAUGCUUUGUAAGCAGAUAAUUUUCCAGCAGCUGCACACAUGUAUUCUUAAGCAGUAAUCAUUAUUCAGCUGUCCAGCAAUUAUAUAUUCAUAUACUUUUUUAGGUAAAGAUUGCAUAAAAUGCAAUCAAAACCCUAUGGUACUGACUUGACAUAUCUUCCAAAGUUGAGCACUACCUUUGAUAGUCCAAACAAAAUUAUGCAGUGAAGUGAUCAUUCUUUAGAUUCUAUCCAGUCACUGUCAUACAAUUAAUGAUAAUAUGCUGUACUUUGAUAUUUAAGUUGCAAUAUGAUGUGUAUUUGAAUUACCAUACUUGUCAAGAAAACAUUUUUUUAUUGAAAAUUACAUAAGUAAUGCAUGGUGUAUUAAUCUGUUCAACUACAAAUGUACAAUCAUGAACAAAGGAAGAUAAUUCCAACUAAUUUUUUUUAUUUUCCUAGCAAAAUACAGUUCAACGUUUAUUUCAAAAUUUACAAAAUUGCAAAAUGAAAGCAAUCUUUACCCUUCAGUGAUCACAAGCACUUUGAUUCUGUUUUACAAAUGGUGCUUUGUAAGCAAAUAAUUUUCAGACAGCUGCACACAUGUAUUUUUUAGCAGUUAUUAUUGAGCUGUCCAACAAUUAUAUAUUCAUAUACUUUUUUAAUACUCUUUAUUUUUGUCUUACUGUGCAAUUAAAAUGUAACUUAAGUAGAAUUAGAAUGACACAUUAAUUGUGUUCAAGGUAAUUACUCAAAAGUUAUUAUCGUGGGAAAUGGUAAAGAAAUAAUAUGUUAUGUUCAUGUACAAUUUGUGUAAAAUGUGAAGGGGCUUCUUCCUGUUCAUUGAAAUCCAACACAUUUUGGUGCUCUUUACAGUUGAAGAGCAGUUUUUGUCUAUAUGAGGUCAAUUUAUUUAUUCACACUGCAUCAUCUCACAAUACUUUCUUGUUAAGAUUUAAACUGUCUGAAAACAUACUAAAUUAAAGAUGGGCUCUCCAAAUUACAGGAUCUAAAACUUUUUCACCAGAAAUAUGGUAACCAUUUGUUUGCCUAAAAACAAUUGGCAUUUUUUACGGUCCCGGAGCAUUCUGAUUCUGAUGAAGAGGCCAUUUUGUCAUUAGUAUGUUUGAGUUUAAAAUUACGCAAUCAACCAAUCCCAUGUUAUUUUCUUUCAGUACUUUCUGACUUAAAAAGUGAAUGCAAAAAAAAAAAUGUAUGUGGGUUUUAAUGAUGAUGAUGAGAGAUACAGCAAGUAAACUGGAAAUGAUGAAGUAACAUUUUAGGGAUGUUCCAAACGUUAUCAGGCUGGGGGAUGGGAAGUACUGAAAUUAAUAAAAUAUAGGUGGUUGCAUUUUCCUCAAAAUUUUUAAGAUUGUAAGUAAAAUUAAUAUUUGAAUUUAUGGGUAGUUGGCGUCUUAAAAAGUGCCUCCCAUCCCCCCCCCCCCCCCCCCCACCAAUGUGUUUAAUUCUGGAACAGCACUUACUUGAAAAGGAUUAAUGGCAGCUUCCAUUUAGAUUGCAAACUAAAAUUAAUGAAUUUUUGCUUAUGGGAUUCAAUGCAUGAACCAAAAAUAAUACUUUGUACACAUUCCCCUGUAAAUGAAAAUGAAAUAAUUUUAUUCAUAAUUAUCAUUAAAUUGCCUUUUAAUUUGUUGUAUGAUUUCAGUUUUUUUUUUUUAUUUGAUUUAUCACUUUGAAAACUUAAUUGAACUUUAUUGAAGAGUUUCAAGCUCAAUACUACCUACCAUGACAAGAAAAUAUUUAUUAUUCAUUUUUUGUGUAAAUUUUUUUUUGCAAAUCCAAAAUUAAAAGGACAUGCAGACCCCUAAAUGUCCCAUCUGAUGUUAUAAACAGAUGUGUAAAAAAUGUGAAGUAUUGAAAUCAGUACAGCUUGAUUUAUAUGAUAUUUUCUACAACAAAUUUCAACACUUGACAUUUUAUUCCCAUGCCUACAAUAAUAUGGGAACAUUCCAUUUUCUGGAUUGUGGGAGAACCUGUUCCACCAUCCCAUAUGAGGUUAAAGUUUUGGGGUAAGGUAGUUUACUUUGAAGUUAUGGUCAUCCUUUUGAACUUAGUACACACGUUCAUUAUGUUGUUAACUUUGAAAAUAUAUACCAAAUUCUUUAGUUCACUAAACUUGGAAAUGUGAUGAUGCAAUAAGGGUAUGGUGUCCUAUGUACACAUGUUCUUGUUUGAAAUAACUUGUGAUAAUUUAAAAAUAGAAUUGCAAAUAUUGAUGUCAUAAACUGUAAAUAAAACUAAAUAAAUGUAUCAUUGGUUUAUUCUUUAAAAUUCAGAAUGUGUAUAUAAAGAAGUAACAGUGCUGAUUAAUGAAUUCAUAACGAACAAAAAACAUAUUUCUAGUAGUAGUACUUAAAUAUAGUAAAGUUGCCAUAAUCAAAUAUUGGUAUACUUGAAUAUAUGUACUGUGGAUUCAUUUUUCUUCGUUGGAUGCUAAUUUUCGUUGAUUUUGUGGGUAAAGGGGAACCACAAAUUUAAAUGUUCAACAAAGUAUAAAUGUUCUAUAGGUUUGUGAGCAGUCUUAGGAAAAAUCAUGAAAUCAAGUAUCCACUAAAAUACAAACUUUCCUCAUUCCACGAAAAUUGGUACUCAGGAAAAUGAAUGAAUCCACAGUAUCAUGUAUUAUUUUAUUUUAAAGAAUUUUGUUAGCCUUGUUUACCUUUUUAUAUUUGUUUUAAUGAUUUAAUGUACAUGUAUUAGAUUUUGAAAAUGAAAAAUUUCAAAUAUGAGAAAUUGAUGUACUCCAGUUUUGAUAGGUAUGAUGUUUUUCUGAACCAGAGAACCUCUGUCAAUGUACAUCAUACAUGUACAUGAACUGACUGCUGAAACAUUUUGUCUUGAUCAGUCAGUUUACUUAUGUGAAAUAAUAUUAGUUACACAGUGUGCAUCUAAGACAUGUUUUUGUCUAAAAGCAUGAAAAAAUUACAAUUAUGGUUUGUUAACAAUGUAACGUAUUUUCAAAAGACACCACACCGUUUUUUUUUUUAAAGGAACCUAGCUCUACUAUUAACUGUGUAUUUAAAAUAAAACAUGCCCACUGACCUAAUAUUAGAUAUACACAGUUUCCACGUGUUAGCUUUUAACUAAUUAAAACUUAUUCUUUUGUUCAUAGUAUUUGUAAUUUUAAUAUAUUCAUUAUUUUCUCAUGUAAUAAUUGAAGUUAUUUCAUCUGCUUACCUAUUAAUUGUCAAUAAAGUAUUUCUUUUGUCUGCAGAGGGCUAUUAGCUAUGAAAUAGCUAAAUGAAUAAACAAGAAUACAGAUGAUUAUGAUCAUCCUUACUUUAUUGAUUGAUUGAUUGGUGUUUAACACCACUUUCAACACUAUUGCAUCCUUACUUUAAAGUAGUAUUAGCAAACUAAAUAAAAGUUCUUUAUAUAUUUGCAAACAAAUAAGUUUUUUUAUGCUAAAACUGUAAAAACAUAGUAUAUAUUCAAUUAGUCUUGUUUUGUAGCUUCUAACUGUGUAAAAUGCUCAUAAUUUGUCUAAAGUGUAAAAAAAACACUAUAAUUUCAAAAUGAAAAGACAGGUAUUAAAAAAUACUUUAAGAAAAAGAAAAUUGGAAAAAUAUGAUCACCAUUUUCUUGUUAUUGCUACAAAAAGAAAUUUUGUAUUAAAAUUAUCUAUACCAUCUUUUAUAGAGUUAAAUCGUCUGGAGUUAUCUCCCAUCAUAAUUCAUUUAGUUUUUUAAUAAAUUAAAAAGUUUUUUUUUAAACUUGUCAAAAUUUUGUUUCUAACAGAUAAAAUAGUGUUAAGUCUUGCUUUGAAGGGAAAUUGAUAGAUGGAAAUAAAAUGCAUUUCUGUAAUUUAUAAUGGCUAAUUUCAGUAUAAACCUAUAUAGAUCUUAUGAGGUUUAUAACUUUUUCUUUCAUCAAAACUGUUUUAGUUAAAGUGGCAUCAUUGAAAUGGGCCUAUGUUCUUUAUUUUGUUUCUGUACAAAAUAACUUGAAAUGUACUGAAAUUACUAUCAUUGUUCUUUAAUCAAUACACCUAGGUACUUAAUCCAGCUGGACUGGACAGUUUUUGUCAUUUUAUUUGUGAUAUUGUUUUUGAUAAACAGUUGUUUUGUUUGUUUGUUUUUUAUGCUGUUUUCAUUAGUCUCACAAUGAUUUUACCAUACAUAUAUAUUGCUAUAAGUUUACUAUUAAAUAUUAUACCAAGA